AUCUUAACUCCUCCUACACAUUUCCUGAAGAGAACCUACCACAAAAGUUUUUUUUUUAUAGGGGAAUAUAAUGAGAUAAGGAGAGGGAGUGGACAUACAGGAGAGAGGAGAAGCUGCUCCAUCUUCAUUUUUGAUUACAAAGUAGAAUUAAAAUAUACUGUGGAUAUGUCACAUUGUCAUCUGAGGAUUCCAUAGCCGAAGAUAACUUUGAUGUUACAACAGCUGGAAAUGGAAGGAGGAAUCAUGCAUUCAGGUGUGUGGCUGAGGUUGAUGACACUGACAGCUCUGACAGUUCUCAUGGCAGCUCAAAGACCUGAGGUUUUCACUUUGAUGGUUCAUCAUGGUCUGAUCUUGACCGCAUUGAACUCCUCAGUCUCUCUACCUUGUGAACUCUCACCUCUCUUCAAUGCUGAGCCAUUGGAGGUGCGCUGGUACCGGUCCGGUGACUUCGACAAACCUGCCUUGUUGUACAGAGAUCACAAGAUCCAGGAGACCCCUGUGGACCCCCGGUACAAGGGCAGGGUGUCUCUAACUGGGGGGCUGGACAGAGGGAAUGUGUCCCUGACACUGGAGAGGGUCACACUGGCAGACGGGGGGGAGUAUGUGUGCAGUGUCAGCGACGCACAGUGGUAUGAAAAAGCCAGUGUCUUCCUCACAGUAAAGGUACUAGGUGGUACCCCGGUGGUCUCUGUUGCUGAAGCAAGGGGAGGAGGAGGUCGGGUGAACAUUACCUGUUCAUCAGAGGGCUGGUCACCAUAUCCUACACUCACCUGGAGAAACAAAGAGGGGACAGAGAUCAGAAAUGGACGAGAAGUACUGAACACUCCAGAUCCUCAGGGCUUGGUGAGAAUCAGUAGUUGGAUGCUGUCUUCUCCCUCAGACACCGAUUGGCUCUCCUGUACAGUCUCUCUGUCUGAGGAGGAGAAGAAGGAGAGUAGAAUCCUGCCCAGAGCUCCAACAGAGGGACAUUGGGGUCUUGGAGCCUUCAUCACGACUCUGAUUAUUUUACUGCUAGUUGUCUCUACUGUUAUUGGGCUCUUCAUCUGGAUCAAAAAAACUGGGUUUGUCAGAGUCUCAAGAUUGAAGAAAAUGGCAAAUGGAAACGAUAAAACAGAGUCUACUGAGAGGUCUGAAGAAGAAACAGCUCUUGCCGGAGAAUGUGGAACGCAAACUGCCAAGGAAACAACUACACAGAGGGAAUGUGUCCCGAAAGAAUGGGGUGAAGUAAAAAGAUUCAAAGUGGACAUCACUCUGGACCCAAAGCCUGGUCAUCCGUACCUACAAGUGUCGACAAAUCGAAAGAAGGUCUACUCUAAGACAUCAAAAGAACCUCAUGUUUCCACAGCCCCUCAUGUCCUUAGUGAGGACAAAUUCAGCUUCGGACAGAUAUACUGGGAAGUGGUGGUGAGGAAUGUUGGAAUUUUCAAUUCAUUUCGAGAGAAACAGUCAUGGUACGUCGGGGUAGCCACAGACACAGCCACUCUGACAACUGGUGUUGUACCUUUAACCCCACAGAAUGGUUUCUGGGUUUUUACAUUUAACAAAGAAAAAGGGUAUUGUGUCUCUGAUGACCCUCAAAUGCCAGUAUCUGGGAAUGAAAGCCCUUCAGUGUUGAGUGACAUGUCAGCAGACAUUCUUACAACACUGGGAGUGUUCUUAGAUUGUGACAGACAGAUGCUUUCCUUUUAUGAUGCUGAAUCAAAGGUACAUCUUUACAGUUUGUUUAACGUUGUGUCAUCUAACACAUUCUUCGCUGUAUUCAGCCCUGGGUUACGUGACACCUGUCCCUUAACAGUUAAAUGACUCUGGAUGACAAAGUGUUAUGGAAUAGGCCAGGUAGUUUAGUUCUUAGGAACACAAUUAUACACUACACUACCACUUCGACAUUUCAUCCCCAGGUAGCAGCAACAGAGGCAGGUACUGUCCUCUGCCAAGAAGUCUUGAACAGGUGUGGGCAAUCGGGUGUGGCAGCUUGUAGCGCCGUGAGGCUGUUGUAGUUUGGUGGCCAUGUGGGCUUUCGGUUUGGUUUUAAAUCUUCAGUUUUUGGGAAGACAUUUUUCUGUCCUUUUUCUAUAUACAAUUAUUUGUUGAUCACAGUGGCGACACGUCAUUCAGGGCAGGUGGAGCAUUUUACAAACAAUGUAAAAAAAAGUUUCAAUGAGUUAAUAAAGCUUCAUACAAACAUGCAUACAA